AUGAUGGAGUACGCGCAUUAUUCGCAACCGCCGCAAGGCCAGCAUAAUCAUACGCAGGCGCAUAUUCAAGGUGGAUAUGCAAAUUCUGGACAGCACCCAAAUUCCGGAGCUCCAAUUACUUCACCAUCUCAACAACAACCAGUCCAUUCGCAACAUGCCGUUCAACAAUCCCCAAUUCUUUCUUCGCAAUCGCAGCAAGGAGGUCCCAAUGCGGGACACAUGCAGCAACACACUCUGGGAUAUCAACCAGCAUACGUACCGCAGAUGAACUUGCAAUAUGGAAACAAUCCGAUGAAUACCCAGGCAGCAGCGAUGGCAGCAACCAAUGCAGCAGUUGGUGGUAACUACCCUUAUAGUAUGCCGGACCCCAGCUUGCCGCAAACAUCGCCAAGAAUUGGUGCCGGUAUAAAUGUGAAGAAGGAAAGAGUACCGCGGUCACCAACACAGGCUGCCAUUAACAACCAAGUUGCUCAAAAUAGACGCAUGAGUGUACAACAAGUGGGCAGUCCUGCUGUACCUAAUGCGCAACCUCUCAUGAACCAUGGGCCUCGGUCAUCAAUUUCAGGACCUCCUAUGCCGGCACCACCUCCACCACACCCUCAAUCUCCCGAACUUGUAUCGGGAGCAGUUGAAGAGUCGCCUUUAUAUGUCAAUGCAAAACAAUUUCAUCGUAUUUUGAAGAGACGUGUUGCGAGACAAAGAUUAGAGGAGGCCCUCCGAUUGACUUCAAAGGGCAGGAAGCCAUAUUUACACGAGAGCAGACAUAAUCAUGCAAUGAGAAGACCCAGAGGUCCUGGUGGUCGAUUCUUAACUGCAGAUGAAGUUGCAGAAAUUGAGAGAACAAAGGGCGAUGGUGGAGAUGAAAAUGACAAACCAUUAGAAACCCCGGCCAAGAGUGUUUCUAGUGUGAGUGCCAGUUCGGGAACUAAGCGAAAGGCCGACUCCGACAAUCUCACUCCUAGUAAGAAACCUAAAUUGGUCGCUGCAGCUAGAAGCAGUGCUGAGGAAGAUGAUGAAGAUGAGGAUGAUGCAGAAGAUGAUGGAUGA